AUGCCACCCAAACCGACAAUGGCGCCUCCACCCCCUCCACCAAGAAGAAAACAGCCUCCUCCUCCGGCUCCAAGAAAAAGAAUGCCACCACCGCCACCUCCGUCAAGGACCAUGCCGGUGGCGCUUGUUUCGCCCUUGAGGACCGACGAAAAUAACCAUCGGCCACGACCACCGCCUUCCUUCAUGUCUCCCGUGCGAAGAACACCCGGUCCGGUGCCUGUGACACCCCUUCGACACGAAGUGCAAUCACCAAACCGCACUCCACCACGGGGACAAAAGAGGCCUUUCGAAGAAGUCCGACCCAUCCCAUACCACAAACGUUUUCGCUGCUGUCGCUCUGUGAGAGAAGUCUAUGACUUUUCCUCGGAAAGCAAGAUCGGUCAGGGCACCUUCGGAUCUGUCUUUAAGGCAACCCACAAACAAACAGGCAGGCCUUGGGCCUUGAAACUCAUCAAUCCACCACAUGAACCAAACAGCGAGGAAGGCAUUUCCAUUACAGCUCUGAGAGAAGUCAAACUCUUGUCCAAGCUGAGACAUCCAAAUGUUGUCUUUCUCAAGGAAGUGGUGGAUUCCUUGGAAAACAGAGACGGGAAUGGAAAAGGAGCGAUUCCUCAGCGCUUCUUUCUUGUCCUGGAACACUGUGAUUACGACUUGGCGGGAAUUGUGGGAACACCCGAAAUCCAAUAUUCCUGGAACCACAUUCACUCCUGGUCCUGUCAGUUGUUGAAAGGACUGCAAUUCAUCCACAACUCCAAAGUACUCCACCGUGACAUUAAAUCAGCCAACCUGCUCAUCAACAAACGUGGCGAACUCAAAAUCGCCGACUUUGGCUUGGCUGUUCCUGUCGCAGAACCGCAAAAACGAUUGACCCACAUGGUCCAGAGUCUCUGGUACCGAGCACCCGAACUCUUGUUGCAUUGCUAUCAAUACACGGCCAAGAUUGAUACCUGGAGUGUUGGUUGCAUCUUGGCAGAACUCGUCUGUCGGAAACCUCUCUUUCGGGGUACCAGUGAAGACCAUCAACUCCAGUUGAUCUUGUCGACUUUGCCCGUGGCGUCUUGGGCUGGUGCGGAAAAGGAAUGCCGACGAAAGGUGCCGGCCGUUCACAACCACAUGUCCUUGCGGCAACGCUUGCGCUCGCCCCGAUCACAGGGCUAUGUAGAACGAUUACUGCCACUCAUUACCAAUCUGCUCCAGGUGAACCCUGCGCAGCGUUGGUCCGCCACACAAGCCGUGCAAGCCGACUUGUUCCGUCAUGCUCCACGGGAGCUGCGCAUGGACUUUGGUGUCGAGACGGCACAUGAAUGGGGAUGUCGGCGUCAACGACAAAACAAUAAUGAGAUGCCCGCACAACAACAACAAAAGACGGACCAGAAAGAGACCGGAUACGUGAACCGUCUCUUGUCCAACUGGAAACACAAAAAGCCCCAGGGCAAAACCAACAAACGAUAG